UUCCCUCAUGUGGAUUAUUUUGUAUUCUGUAAAAAUAGUUUGUAAAUAUACAGUAAAAACGCAAACGAACGUCAAUUUCACAGAAUCACAGCUUUUCAAGCCAAUCCACCAACACUUCGCCUGCUAGCUAAAUUGGACGCUUAGCUAAGUUUGAAUGCUAAGAGGAACUGAAUCCCGUGACUAGCCACAAGCUGUCCGGUUAGUAAGCUGACGGUAUACGUCCCAGUCACAAGGAUUUUUUUUUAAAAGAAAGAAAUGACAAUGAAGCUUCUUUUAUAAAUAUUAUACAUUUCGCCAGCAACUUUCCAGUUUUCAGUAAUGCCAGAUGGACUUGUUACGAGCAGGCCUCUGCAGAAUGAGGCUACAGGUAUUGACCUGCAGGUUCCACAGUAUCAGGAGGUGCGGGGUCCCAUGAUGACUGGCCACGUGGAGUACCAGAUUGUGGUGGUCACCCGCCUCGCACCCUUUAAAUCUGCUAAACACAAACCAGGGGAUGUUGUGCAGUGUGUGGUAUCAAAGAAGUACAGUGAAAUUGAUGAGUUUUACUCCAGCUUGAUUGCUCAGUAUCCCAGCAUUCAUCUGCCUCCCAUGCCCCGCAAAGCACUCUUUGUUGGUGAAACGGACAUCCGUGAACGGCGAAUGGCCUUUGACGAACUUGUUCGCUUUAUUUCAAAACAUCUGACUCUCUCUACCUGUCCAGAGCUAAUGGAAUUCUUAGGAGCAAAAGGUGCGAUUCAUGAUGUGAGGGGCGCCAGUUUCCUUGACUUCGAGGAGAAGAACGAUGAAGACGAUGGGUUGGAUUUCUUUGGAAAAGACGAGGUACCUACAUCUCAGCCUGACCGAGUAAAGAAGCCGGCAAAAGUGGAAAAGGCAACCAAGGAGGAGGAAGAAGAGGAAGAGGAAUUGUUUGACCCUUUAGGCAGUGUUAGGUCUAAGAAGCCUAAGCCUGCCAAGCCAUUACCAAAGCCUGCAGCUAAACCCAAACUCUUACUGUUUGAUGAGGAGGAUGAUCCAGACAAGGAGCUUUUUCAACCUGCGGUAAAGAGCAGUAAUGUGAAGUUGUUUGAAGAUCAGGAUUUAGGUGGAACUGUCUCUCUUGGAGACUCUUUGCUGCUCCCUAAUGCCUACCAGAAAAGUGAAGUUACUGCUAAUACAAAACUAGAUGAAGAUGUGGAUGAUCUUUUUAGGGUGGACGAGGAUUUGGACAAAUUUUUAGCAAUCAGUAAACCAGUGAAACCAAAACCAGCUGUUGCCUCGAAACCAGCAGUUAAAGCCAAGCCAGCAAUUCCACACAAGCCGUCCUCUGUGGCACAGUCUGCCCAAGUGCCUUCUCAGCCUGCUGUAGUCCAGGCAAUGGAUCAGCACGACAUCCUAAAGUACAUCCAACAGAACGAGGCUGCGGACAGUGAGGACCUUUUUUAGGUUGUUGUUCAGGCAAAAACAUACAGUUUUCAACUGUUUCAAAUGUUUUCAACUUAUUCACCUCACAUUCGAGGUCUUAAUAGUUUCCACCGAAUUUUUUCACAUAGAUCCCAAUUAUGCAGCACAGUAAUGCACUAGUGUGCAUCUUUACUGAGCUCCAAUAAUAAUCUUUUUACCUAUUUAGAAAUUCUAACAUUAAUCAACUUAUAAUGUGUCAUAUAUAUAUUGACUGAUGGUAAGAUAUCAUUGUAUGCCAUUCUGUGAUAUUACAAAAUGAGGACUCGGAAUGAUGGAAAGUUCAGAUGAAAAAAUAAAUAAUUUUGACAGUAUAUGCACUCAUUUUGACAACAUGGCACUUUUCCAGUUAUUUACAUUUGUACAUUUGCUGAUUUGAUUUGCUGUUAAAAAUAAUUGUAAUCCUUUAAUAAAGAAAACACAAAAGAUGUUAUUAUUGUGGCACACUUUAUAAUUGUUUAUUUGUGUACAACAUGUAGGUUUUGUGGAAAAGUAAUUUUUAUUAUUAUAUGUUUACGUGAAUAAACACCUACACUUUGUAGAAUUAAAUAUG